GCGCAGGCCUGCGCCGAAGGCCCCGAGGACGGGGAGGAGGAGCCGGAGGCCGAGGAGGCGCGGGCAGCGGAUGCCGCUCCGGCGGAGGAGGAUCAGCCCUGCCUCGACGGGAGAUCCCGGAAAAAGAGGAAGAGGAAGAGGAAGCGCAAGACGAAGAAGAAGGACACCCAGGAGCAGGCCGGGCAGCCCCAGCAGAGGGCGAGGAAGCCGCCGGUGCCCUCCUUCUCGCGCCCCAAGAUCCUGCAGGCCGUGCGGCAGGAGCUGGCCCUGCUGCCCGAGGACCCCGCCGCGUCGGUCACCGCGAAGAAGGCCCCGGUGCUCCUGGCGAGCACGAGGCCAAGGGUGGUGGCUCGGGACCACAUGGAGAAGCACCUGCUGGUGGGCAAGUUUGUCAAGAGGCCUGCCAAGGCGGUUGAGGCGGACAGCGACGCGGCGGAUUCCGAGGCGGAGAGAACGGCCCAGGCCCGAGCACAGAGCGCCGCCACCCUCCGCGCGCAGGGCGCGGAGUCCGGAGGCGUGCGCGCCACCAGGAGCGCCGGCAGCGCCUCACCGCCGCACGGCGCCUCCCCCAGCAGGGACCCGAGAAGAAGGCCGCCGCGCCUGCCCGGCGACGCCGCCGCCGGCGAGGCCGCGGGGCCGCUGUCGGUGGUGGGCCAG